CCUCAUCUUGUGUGAACUUCCACUUCAUAGUCUUCCAAUGUUCUAUCCUUCAAACUUUUUGACACAUAUUGUCUUUCUUUUUGGCUGGGAGAGUCGAGGCUCUUGUCUUGAUAUAGGAUAUUUUUAAGCAUACAAAGGGGUCCGGUAGUCUUUGUUAGGUAGAUACAAAGUGAAACGCAUACAAAGUGAAAAUAAUACUUGCAGAUGUUAUUCUGACCUUUCACUAUCAAGAUUCAAGAGUGAGUCAUUUAAAACACAAGGGAAACGCAUGCACACACGUUAUUUAGAGAAUUUCUAGGAUUGGCCUUGUUCUGCCAUCUCUCUUGGUGGCUAUCUACUUUCAGCAGACUUCCCAGCUUCAUUUGAUCUUCUUAAACUGUAGAGAUACACACACGCAUCACACAUCACAAUCUCGCUCGCGCAGCAUUUCCCUCCCGAUAGAUUGUUGAUAUCACUGUCUCAGAUUUAGAGCUGCAAUUUCUGAAUCAUGACUUCUUAACUCAGCGAACUGUGGAUUCUCUCUGAAAAAGACUUUUGAGUGCGCGGGAUUUGCCUAGUAAAAAAGAUAAUUCCACUCUCUUAAACUUUGGAUGCUUUCUGAGAUUGUUGGUUCUGAGGUGGGGAAGAAGCAACAAUGAGAGAUCCUCUCUUUUCUACUUGGAAUAGCAUGUAUGCACCUGUCUUUUUGGUUAAUGGAUUUAGCCAGUUGACUUAAUUGGAUUUUGUGUUUUCAGGGGGAUGUCAUCAGCUGAAGGCAAGUAUAGCUUGUACAGGCAAGGCAGCUCUGGUUGGUCAACCUUGAGGAAUGAAGAAUUUCAAGAACAAGAUGUCUGGGGUAUUCUCGGGCGAAGUAAAGAAUUGAAGAAGUCCAACUCUGAUUCCUACAGAGAAUCGUCCUCUAUGGUUUCGAGGCGCCGGCCGACUUCAUCGAGAAUGAUUCCAAAAGCCACCAGUAGUAAUUCUGGGACCGAACCCAAAAUUAUUCAACAGUCAGCCCCUGUUAACAUCCCUGAUUGGUCCAAGAUCUAUGGAAGCAGCUCCAAAAAACCAUCCAAUACUGAUUCACGGCUUGAUGAUCACGGCAAUAGCGAUGGCGUGAUGAACAACAGUUGGGACAGUGAUGAAGAAGAGGAAGAUGAUGGCAGUGUGGUUCCACCCCAUGAAUGGAUCGCCAGAAAGCUUGCAAGGAGUCAAAUAACCUCAUUUUCUGUGUGCGAAGGCGUUGGAAGAACACUCAAAGGUAGAGAUCUGAGCAAUGUCAGAAAUGCUGUGUUAACCAAAACAGGAUUUCUUGAGUAACUAUUUGUGAUGGACAUGAUUAACAUUGUCAUGAUGGUGAUUCUGUUUCAUCAAUAUGAUUGGUAAUGUAAUACUGCUAGUAAAUAUGGGUCCCUGUGAAAUCAUGCUGCUAUUAUCUUAUCGCAAUUCAAUUGUACAGGUUUGUCUGCCUGCUUCAGGAUUUCUGAUUAGACAAUUUGCCUUAUUUGGCAUAAGUAGACAAUAAUUGUGCAUCCUGUAUUUAGUACCAGUGUAUUUGCCUGUUAGGUUGGUGCUGCUGUGGGUAAGAGAUUAACUUCUUGCCCUUCAAAUUAAAAGUGAACUAAUAAAAUAAGUAGGUGAUGUUGAUAAA